GUCCAAGGUUUACACUGUAUCGAACUUAAAAAAUCGAUACAUCGACUUGUAUCGAAGCCCCUCACAUCUCUAGAGUUUUUUAUUUUGCAUAACCUUCAAAGAAAUUGACAACGGUAAACUGUUUAAUGGACGCCAACAAUAUACAACAACAAUAUUUAUUAAUAGAACUAUUGACAAUAAUAGUUAAAAACCUUUUCUAAUAAUUAACAAUCAAGUGAGUGUUAUUGCCUCAAGUUUGUUAAUGUAAAAGUGUUUACUACAUCAACUCUAUUGUGAUACAGUUGAUAUGAACUAAUAAGCUGAAUGUCACUUGUUUUUAUAUUGUUGAAUUCAAUAUUUUAAACGUAAACAAUGAGUGGAACUGUAAAAGGUGUUUACCUUUGUCGUUUAUGUGGAAGAAAUUCACAAAAUUACCUGGAGAUAUUUAGCGAUGAGGGAGUCAGAAGAAAAUUAAGUACCAAAGUUCAAUCAUGUCUUCAAAUAUCUGUACAUGCCAACGAUGUUCUUCCAACAAUUGCUUGCAUUCAAUGUUGCACUAAACUCGAUGAAUCAUGGGAUUUUUAUCAACGUUCAGCAAAAGCACAAAUAAUACUACAAAAUAUAUUUGAACCAGUUGAUGAUUUUCAUAAUAAUGAUGGUCUAUUUGAAAUUCUAGUUAGUAAACAAGAUAUUUUAGUGACUAAAGAUGAUUGUGUUGAUAAUAAAACCAUCAAAAUUAAUAAUGAUGUUGAUAAUCAAGAUGAAGAUAAUGUAAAUAAUCCAGAUAUCAUUAUGAGUAGUCAAAAUUUUAUUGUCUCUAAAGUAAGAACACUUUCAAAUGAAGAACAUAUUAAUAUUGAGGAUAAACUUGAAACAGUUAUUAAUACUAAUGACAUGGAACAUGAUGAUUCAACUGAUCAUAAUUAUGGUGUUGCUGAAAAUUCAGUUAAUGAAGAUAAAAAAAAUAUACGUGUAUUUAAUCAUCGUAGAUCUGGUAAUCGUCCAGAAAAUAUGAAAGGAUAUCUUUGGAGUUGUACUAUUUGUGAAUCUGGAAUAAUUGAAACACAUCAAGAAUAUUGUCGUCAUUAUAAAAAUGUACAUAAUGUUGAACCAAUAUAUAAAUGUACAACAUGUGGAAAAGUUUAUGAAAAAUAUAGAAGUUUUGCUAGACACAUAUCAAUGCAUCAAUCAAGUGGACAAAUCAAAUGCAAUGAAUGUGGAAAAGAAUUUACCAUGAAAUCAUCAUUGAUUUCUCAUGCUGCUGUUCAUUCCAAUGAACGACCUUUUAAAUGUGAUACUUGUGAUAGAAGUUUUAAAAGAUCAUCAACACUUUUAUUACAUAUUAAAUCUCAUGAUCCUGAUAAUGCUGAUAUAUUUUCAUGCAAUCAUUGUGAAAAAACAUUUAAAGUUAAACGAUCAUGGCAAACACAUGAAAAAAUGCACAAAGGAGAGAGAGAUUUUACUUGUGAUAUUUGUGGUAAAUCAUUUGUCACAAGAAGCUCAUUGAUAUAUCACAUAUCAAGUCAUGAGGAAGAAAAAAAUUAUGAAUGUACAAUAUGCAAUCAAAAAUAUAGAACUUCAAGAUUAUUAAAAAGACAUGCUAGUACACAUUUGGAUAUAAAACCAUAUCGUUGUGAAACUUGUGGUAGAGAAUUUCGUGAAAAAUCAUCUUUAAAAUCACACUCUCGUAUUCACACUGGUGUAAUGCCAUACUCUUGUGAUAUAUGUGGAAAACGUUUUAGAUUUAUUGGAAUUUUAACGGUUCAUAAACGUCAGCAUACUGGUGAAAAACCCUAUCAUUGUAACAACUGCAAUAAAAGUUUUACAAAUUGGCCAAAUUAUAAUAAACAUAUGAAGCGAAUUCAUAAACGUGAUACUGGUAAUCCAGAAAGAAAAAAACAAUAUAAGUCUGCAAAUUCAACGAAAAUUGAAGAAGUUUAUGUUGUUGAAGAAAUGAUAGACAAUAUUGUUAGCUAAUAAUCCAACAAUACUUAUUUUAAAAAUUAUAUAAAUCAUAUAUAUUCAUAUUAAUGAUUAAAU